AUGACUUUAGCACCCAACGUCAACGAUUCCGAAUCUCAACAGCUCAAUGGACUUGCAUCGACUACUGGCAUCAAGAAGUGUGUGGAUUUUGUCAGCGAUUUGCCAUGGGAGAUCGUGAGGACUUACAUUAUGCCAAGGAUAUUGGGAGGAACUUCAAGGUCACCGGUUCAUCGACUUGAGCGUUCAUGCGGCUACUUGGAUGUGUGCAGCAACUGGGCCAAACGGAUUAUAGCGGCUUACGAUAGCAACUACUUUAUUCUUGAUGUGGGCGAUACUCUGUCAGAUGAUUGUUGCAUGCGUAUCAGGAUGCUGGUGCCUUACAUCGAAUCACUCUCGCUACGGGAUUUAGGUGCGCGUCAUAUUCCUCAAUUUCUAAAGUGCCAGACGCUUGUAUCAUUGACAAGACUCCGUAUCAAAGUCACCUGCUCUCAAGAAACGUUGUGGCAGCUACUAGAAAUCGCUCCCAAUUUGACUUAUUUGGAUAUCAAGUACAUUGACAACAUUGAAACACCAUUUGCAGUAUUCGAGGUAUUGGAUCGCUGUCCCAAGCUCAUUCGGCUGGAUCUUUUACUCCACCCUGAUGCGACCCUGGAUACAGCCAUCUCACAGCUCGACCGCACCUAUGACAACAUUAUCCAUUUUCAGGCUGUUUGCAAGAAUUGGCAUAAAGUAGACAUGUUCAUCCCGCUCAUUCAAUGUAUGCCAAAUGUGCGUCUUUUGUCUUUGACCUAUUUUCCAUCAUCAUCGAUCAUGAAUACAAUCAAACAACAUUGUGCAAAACUACAGCAGCUAUUCUUGCAUUAUCCUUUUGUGCAACAUGAGUCACUUGACGACAUCAAGGAGGACGAGGAGGAUGAAAAUGAUAUUCCAGGGUUGAGAUUGCUUACCAUCAAUGGAGGGUUUCACAAUGGAAAUAAGAUUGCUGAGACAAUGAUACGACAUAGUGCAACGCUCGAAUCGCUUGUAUUGGAAAAAGAGGACAUGCUACAGAUAUCACCCGUUGGAUCCUGGAACUGCUUUGGCCCUGUUGAAUUCACGCAGCUCAAAUCCUUGAGCAUCCCACCCUAUUUCGAGGAUCGGAUGGUCCAUUUUAUACAAUGGGUUGUUGUGCAUGCUCCCAACCUUGAGUCUUUAGAGACGAUUGCCAGUGGAACGGCACUGCACCACUUGAUGGAUCUAUUACGAGAUCGACCCUCGAAGAGAAUUGGAUUCUUUUAUUCACGCAAUUACCAGCAUCAUGAGAAACGCUUUUUGGAGGAUCAUAUCCAGCGUGGUACAGAAUCUCAUCUUGAAGCGCUCAAGUGCACCUUUGGCGGCAUGAAUGCCAUUGUGAUAACACCUGCUUCAUGGAUCAACCUCAUUCCAAUGUUGAAACAACUGAAAAAACUGGAGCUACAUAUGACGAGCGAUAUCAUGAUCCGUGGAUUUAGCACAUUUAUUCAACAAGUGUCGGAUGGGUGUGGUGCUCUCGAAAAGGUCAUGUUGACAUGGAUGUGCUUCAAUUACACCAAUAUGGACAUUCGACCUUUAUCCAGGCACUGGAAUCUCCAAGAGGUUAUUGUUGAUGCAGUGGAUAUACCCAGCCAUUUCAUGAGGCAUCUUACGUCAUUUCGACAUCUGAAGGUAUUGCAUCUAAAAUACAACAUUAUCGAUUGGAAUGCCCUUGCCAUAUUGAAAAACCAAGUACCGGGAUUGGUGUACACUGACAAGUAUGGUCCAACUUUGUAA